AAGAGUUGUGGCCCACUUUGGGCAGGAUUGGGGUCGCCCUUGGAAUACAAAGGGGGCUGAGCUGGGCUGUCCACUCACUGUACCUCUAACAACCCAUCAAGUGACCACUGUGGUUCACUUGGCAGACCAAAACACACUUGACAGUUAAAUUAUUUUAGUCCUGAUACACAGAUUGCACCACACACCUGUGCAGCCAUCACCAUUCCAUUGCUUUCACUUGUUCUCUUAAGAGGGUUUGUCUCUGACAAGUCUAUGCCAGACCCCUCUCCACCAUAUGAGGUCUGCCCUUCCUUUCCCAUCAUCCUCUUCUGUCUUCCUGUAGUACCAGUACAUUUCACUCAGCCUUAUUUUAGUACAGUCCUUGACUGUGGGGUCCAAGUGCCUGUUUAUGAGUGGGUUCCUGGCUUUCCAUAGGGCAUACCUGAAGCAGGAGAUGAACUGGUCAAAUCGGGUUGUCAGGGCCCCUUGCUGUUUGGUCAAGUGCCCAUAGACAACUGCCUAAUUGGUCAAGGUUCUGAAACCUGUCACCACCACGAGGAGUGCACAUACUUUCUGCCACACCUCUCUGGCAUAUGAGCAGUCCCAGAAGAGGUUGUCAAUUGUUUCUGCCUGCCAGCAGCAGGUCCUCCUCAGGCAGUUCUGUGGACCUCUCUGCCCUGCACUGUUUCUCCAUGCCUGUAUGGGGAGUGCCUGGUGGGCUGCCUGCUAGUUCAGGUCUCUGUGCUCCUUCUGCAGGUGCUUGUGGAAGAUUCACUUCCACACAGCCUGGCAGCUGUCACCAGGUAGUAAGUCCAUGGGCGAUGUGAUGUCUCUUGUCCUUACCACCUCCUGUAUCUUGCAGUGGUUCACCAGGGUCACUAGGGUCAUAUUGUACAGUUUGUUUUUCUCCCAGAAGCAUUUCAGGACCUUGUAGAACCAUGGGGACACCAUGGCCCAUGGGCUUCCAUUGGUUAUCGUGUGCACCUGCUACUGUUUCAGCAGCUGCCCUGCAAAAAUCUGAACAAAGCUGGCUGUUUUAGAUUCCAACGACAUUGCCAGUUUGCAAACCUGACUCAUGUACUUGGCCCAGAGGAAGAGAAGGAUAUCUGGCAUUCCUCUGCCUCUGAACCAUUUUGCUUUGUAAAGCUUGGUCCCUCACCACUUUCUCCCACAUGGAGUUGCAAAAGAAAGAAAAACCACACAUGGUUUUUUGGAUUCUGCAAACAAGUUGUUCCGAGGGAAAGAAAACUAGGGUGGUGUGUAGAAGUAUUGGCAGUAACACUGCCUUCAUCAGCGCUACUCACCACCUCCCUCCCAUUGACAUAGCCCCAGUUUAUCUGGCCUUGGCCUUUGUCUUUUCCCAUGCCCUCUGCCCUGUCAGUUCUGGGUCAAACUCCACCCUGAGGAUCUUUACCCCCUCGCGGGGGAUGGAAACCCUGGGGGCCGACAGGUCCCUGAGCUUACCCAGAACUAGGCAGGUGCUUUUGCUCACAUUGAAUUUGCCCCCUGCGGCUGCUCCAUAUACCUGGGUGUGUUGUAGCACUCUUUCCACCAACCCCUUGUCCCUGCAUAUGAAGUUCAAGUCAUCCACGUACACAAGGACUUUCAUAUCUUCCCCACUGCUCUCAGGAAUCUUCAUACCACUGAUCCUAGGGUCAGCCUGAGCCGCUGUGCCAGUGGUUCCAUUGUGCAAAUAAACAGAAUCAGGGAGAGCAGAAAUUCUACUGCAAUUACGGCUGUCAGGGGGGACCCAUUCACCAGUACCCUGCUGCUCAUAUUGGUGUACAGUGCCCUUUAUCCAGGUGACAAAGCUUGUGGGAACUCCCAUCUUUUUCAGCAUCUCCAGUAGGAAGUGAUGGGAUACCCGGUCAUAGGCCUUCUCCAAGUUGAGGUUCAGUAUGCCGAUGUUCUGUCUCCUCUCCCGUUCGUACUGUAGUGCAUCUCACAGCUCCAUCAGGGCAUUAUGGAUCUGUCACCAUGCAUGCCUGGUCCUCAUAUAUCAGUACUUCUAUAACAGACUUAAAAUGCUCAGCCAAGACUCUGGCCAUUAGUUUGUAGUCAAAAGUAUUCCACCCCUGCAAGGGAGCCAGGUCACAGAGAAGGGCAAGGAUCCCAGGACUGCUGGAUACUAGCAUCUCAUCCUAUGAUGAGCCAGUGAGAUCUUGUGGGUGAUGUAGCAUUUUGAAUGAGGGUUACAUUGGCCAAGUGUGCUCUCAUGGUGCUGAAGAAUUUAUAGAAAAGCCACGGAUGCUCACAAGUCUCUGUCCAGCUCCUGCUGCUCUGUUACACUCCUGUUAAACAACCCAAGUUCCAGAGCUCACCCGAAGCUUAGUGGCCCCUUAGGUCACCAUGAUUAAUGCAUACUAAUGUCUGUAGCCAAUAGUGCAUAAGGUACUGAUGUGGGUAGCAUUACAUCUGCUUGCCUUUGAAGCUUCACCCCCCUGAACAACUGGGUACUCAUUUACAACAGGGCAGACUGGGGCAGCCUUUGGCAUGACUCUAGACUACAGAAAGCUCAGACUUGCACGUGUGGGUCCAUAUAGCAAAGGUAUGAUCUUCUGGCAUUGCACUCAGUCUCCUAUUGCAACCUUCAGCUGUUAUUUUGCUAACUCAGUGCCCUUGCUACCCUAGCCCUAGCAACGCCAUUAAGAAACCCUGGCCACAGAGAAGGCACCGGAAGUUAUCUCCCAGCAUUAUUAUUAAUCCCAGAACAGAAAAUCUUCUCUGAUAAUUCAUGAGAAGGGGCAGUGACCUUGGCUAUCUAUCAACUUCAGCCCUACCCCUGGAAAUGCCUGAGUGGUUCUAAGACCCACAUUUCUGACCAGUGCCACCCUCGUGGAAUCUUUCCCUGACCCUGACAGGCUCUGGGUGUGAGUCUUUGUGCUGAAGGGGCUGUGCAGGGGAAGGCUAAUGUGAAAGUGACACCAACACAAAUAGGAUUUAGGGGUGUUUUAAGACACUUGCAUAUAUUUGCCCUAUUUCUGAGGCUGCUGAAGUGCUCUUAUAGGCCAGUGGGUCCCUGGGGCCAGUGGGUCUAUGUGCCAAUCACUAAAGCAGUUGAGUGGGGAGGAUACCCCAAUGCUGUUCUGGUGGCCAUUCACUCCUAGAUGUGACAAUGGUAGCCAGCACUGGCAAUGCUUCAGGAAGUUUGCCCUAACUCACAUGGGAGGGGGAGAACCUCAGGGGAUCUAAACACUCUUCAGAGGGAGGGAGCAUGAUUAACAGAUGGGAGGCAAAGACACCCAGCCAGGACUCCAGGGUUCUCUUAUUUUCAAGACUGCCACUUAUUCACUGGGCAAGCAAUGGACCUAAGCUUUGUGCCCCGGUGACAGGGGGCUGUCUUGAGGCCAGUCCAACCUUUGGUUGGAUCACCUGUCUAGGGCAGUCUACCCACCCAACUUUCCUGCCACGCCUUUGAUGAAAUUGAAAAGUUGUUCCUAGGCAGGAGGCUGCCCAUUUAAUACCCCAAUGCCAAGGGCAUAAUAAACAGCUCUGUACCAUCCCUACACCGUGUCCCAUGCCUUGCAGGUGGCAUCACUAUAUGGCUCUGGCCCCACACUGGGACCCCACUAUAUUUCAGACUGAAUAUUUGGACCCUACCCUGGAUCCCUCCUACUCAGGCGGCCUAACCUCCACCCUCAUAUUGGACUGCAAACCCCCUUAGACGCCUUUCCUUUUCACAGUGGCCCCCUGCAGGACCUUUGGCCUCACAGGCCCUGGUCUCACCUCUAGGCCAGUUGGACUCCAAGCCUCUAGCUCUGGCUGUCCCUCAUAGUGGGUGUCCUUGCCCUUUGAUCAUCCUGGUCCUGGCCCCAGCAUUGACCAGUUGAGGUUUUAUAGGUAGGUUCUUGGCAGCUAGCCCUCUCCCAUACAGGUUCACCUUCUGAGCUCAUGGACUACAUAGUUACUCCAGACCCCUCCUGAGCCCGCUGUUCCACCCUCACUGGGUUCAUUCUCUCUCUGCCCCUUACUGGGCCUCUACUCCGGCCAGCCUAAGCACAGUCCUUCAGGCCCCCCCAUUGACCCUACUCUACGCAGCCUCUGGCUCUCAAUCCACCCAUCAGGAGGCCCACUACUCCACCCCCUCACUGGGCCUUGUAGGCCUCAUGUCCUGAAGGCCUUGACCCUGUUCUUCUGCUAGGGUGCGCUCUCCUAGCCUUUCCCCUCCACAGGGUCACCCACAAGGCAGCAGGGGCUCAGGCUUUCCAGCAUCCCAUAUUUGCCCUUCGCUGGGGAGGCACAGGUAUAGCAUUUCCUGGAGACUGCCCUGCCACAGACAGCCCCACCACACCAUCCAACCCCCAGCAGGGUGUAGUUUCAGGUUAUGCCCCAGGACCAGGAACCUCCUCCAUCCUUAUACUUCCUACUCUUGACCUCCAGGUGUUCUGGGAGCAGCAGUACUCCAGCCAGAAGAUGCUCAUCCUUCAGCUCCCCAGUUGCAAUUGCCCAGCUCUGCUCUCAGGGCCUGUCUUAUACCCCAAAUGCCUAGCCCUACACCAAUCAGGCAGCCUCCAGGGUGCCAUGUAAUACUCCUGAUUGGGUCUGCUCUCACCUGCAGGCUGAUCUGCAGCCUGUUCAAGCCCUUAAAGGGACAGACACAACCUGUGCUGUGCCACAGCCCCUCUCUGGAAAACAGGGUGGAAAGCACUGUCCUGUACUUGAAAGUGUAACCUGGGCAGUACUCCAAGAUGUACCCCCUCUCCAACUGAAGGGAUCAGAGCAGGUGCACAAGCACUGUGGGAGGUGUAGAGCCCCUCCUUCCCCUAUAGAGCAGAGCCAGAUCACCAAUGGGGACUUAACCAUAUACCUUUUAAUAAGAAAACAGUAGUGGGAACAUAACAGGCAUAAACCAGGGGGUAUAGGGGACACUACAACGCCCCAAGGGGGCAGGAUUCAAUAAAGGUUAGACACUUACAAUCACAGACAUAUUCAUCCAGUUGACAAAAGACAAGGUUAAUCUAAAACACAAACAGCAGAACAAACAAUACUGGUUGUCAAAAUAUAAAAGGCACAAAAUACAAAAUGUCAAUUAACAAGAAAUAUAGAGCCUAGGUACCUGGAGGGGGGGGGGAAAGAGAGAAAACACAAUGAUCCCUUUCCACUGCAACAAGAAUGUCUCCCUGUCACUUCACUCACCCCAAGUCAUCGUAGCUGGAUCUCCAUGUGGUAGGCAGAAACUAUAUCACAAAGCCACAAGCGCUCGUACUGCUCCAAGCUGCUAGGGGUCUUGACCUUCCAGGAGCUGCUGCCUCACAUCGAGCUUCCUGGCCUCUUAUUGGAGGAGCUGGAAGCAGAGCUGGAACCACUGAGGUCACUGCUCAGAUCCUUGCUGGAGCUGGGGAGCCUCUCCUGCUGGCCACAGCCUCUCGUAGGGGGAUCCUGGAGCCCAGUAGGGAGUCUCUCCUGCCGGCCGCACGCCGUGCUGCUGAGGGUCCAACUGCUGCCUGCAGGUCUCACUCCUUCAGGCUCUUCUGGGGCAAUUGCUCCCACCCCACUGGCCCAGCUCUUGCCAGCUCUUUGAAACUCCUUCCUCAUGGUCCCUUGCUAGUCUCCCUUGAGUCAGCUGUGUUGCCCCUUUUAUCCCUCUCCAGGUGACCCAAGGGGCCAAUCAGGGGACAUGGAGGGUGAGUCUCUGGGGCCUGAUUGGUGAGGAAAGGGAAUUCCAAGCCCUCCAUUUAUCUUUUACCCUUUCAAAACCCCAUGGCUAAAUCAUUACCAGCUAGCCUGUCACACAAGUCCUUAGGAAGAAGUAACUGGAUCCCUGAACUCAUGUCCAAGCCAACACAGAGCUCAGGAGCUUAGGGGUUGGGGAUCUGGGGUCAGCCUCUUCAAUGCCAUGACUCAUAGCACCAAGAGGCUGCUGUGCUGGAGAGGGGGUUGAAUGUGAGAAAGCAGGUGCUUGGCUCAGCUCCAUGCUCCCCAUGCUUUAUGGCUCUGGUGAUGUGUUUGUUUGCCCGCAGCAAACAGUGCAACAGCACAUCCCUCACAGCAAUACACACUGCUUGGCCUGGCAGCACUUCUGCCCAGAGUAGCCUGCCCAGCCAUAGUAUGGGUGGCCCCAACAGCACACAGGCAGCAAAGAGCUCAGUGCAGGGAGAGGUGGUCUCAGCCCUCUCCCAGGUCAAUGGGGGCCUGAGAGCUCAGGGUCAGCCAGCAGGAGGGGCUCUGAGAUUUUCUCAGCAGGAAAAUACCAUGUGAGCAUGCACACACGUGUGCCUACCCCUACACAGUACCUGCACACUCAUCAAACAGGCACAACCUCAGGCCCUACACACAUACACACCCCUGAACUCUAAACACACCACCCCUCACACAGUGCCUACAUGCCCGCUGAGCACACACACACACAUACACAGCUCAAGGGUCUAUCCAUACAUCCAUUAACCCUACCCAUAUGCAUAUCCCUGAAUUCUAAACACCACCCCUCACGCAGACCCCCAAACAGCACUGAUACACUCAUGGUACGCACACAGCCUUUUAGACUGUAUUUGCACCCAACCUCAUAUCUACAAACCCCUCACAGAGCCCCUGCACACACAUAUACUCUUACCUUCCUUCAGUCAGCAACAGUUCUCCCACUGAAAUGCAGCCUCUCCGCACAGCUCCUCAUAACUCCUGUCUGUAGCAUUUGAGUGCUGGCAGGUAAGAGCUGAGUGUGUGGGAAACCAAAGGCUGGACUUGCAUGGAGUGCUGCAGAUCCCAGGCAGCUGUAGGGUGGCUCAGGUCCCAGGGUGUGGGGGCAGAGCUCAGGGUUGUGAGGCACUGAUAGUCUCUGUCCUCCUCAAGCUGCCCAUUCUCAGGCAGACCUCCUGUUAACUUUUGCUAAGCCAUGAUAUCUCCCACCCUAACUGCCCAGAGGCAUAGGCCCAGUCUGUCUGGUACCUGCAGCCCCUCCCCACACAGAUACAGACACUGAACUCCCUUACAGCGAUGCAGAUAAUAUAUAUAUAUAUAUUACCUGCAUUGCUGUAAGGGAGUUCAGUAUAUAUAUAUAGUUAACCUCAUAGUUGCUGCUUGAGUGGGACAAUCUUGGCUUUAUGCCCACUUUAUGGAAAUGGGAGAUUCCUUCCUAGCUUCCUCCUGCGGCCAUAUGGCUGAGGGCAAGCAAAACUCAGGGGCAUCCAGCUUGGGGUCUGCAUGUAGGAUGCCUGCCAAAUGAUUUGGAAACAUCUGAAGCCCUAGGUGGGGGUAGAGGAUAUUUGCUGGUAGUAGGGCCACUUAUGGUUCUUGACUGACUUACAGGUUUAGAAUUGAUUUGGCUGAUUUGGCUUGGAACACAAAAAAAUUCUUUUUUUUUUUUAAGUGUAGGACACUGCAGCUGACUAUUCAGCACCCUCCACUUUUGGACCAGUUCAGCAGAGCCAAGCACAUAUCUACCCCAGAGAGACUCUGAGUGCAGCCCCGGCAUCAGCUGGUGCCUUGCCACCGACUCCCCUGGGGCUGACCCACUCAUGUUCAUUGACAUCAGACCAACCGGCAGGUGCAGUCCUAGCCACAUUUUGUGGGGAGUUAACCACUGGGAUUAGGGAUGCUGUGAGCUAUUCAUCACUUGGAGAAUAAAAGGCCACUUCCAACUAGGACAGGAGUUCUGAGCUGGGCACAGGAGUUGUUGGUGGAUUCUGGGGAUGGCGCUGCAUGGGAGCUCUGUUGAGAUAGAUGGUCACAGUGACAGCUUUGGGCCUUAAAAGCUAGGCACAGCCUAAUGCAUGCAGUUCAUUUCUGGGGUUCAUCCCUGGACAUCUGGGUUCAGUUCUCAGCAAUGCUAUUGACUUCAUCUCUAGCCUCAGGUAUGUCACUCAGUCCAGUGUUUUCAUAAAGGUCCAUGAUAUGGGGCAUACGGUGGGAAAACACUUAUCAGGUGGGAAAACACUUGGAGCUUCCAGCUCCUCUGAGAAGCACUUUUGGAAUAAUUUCCAUCCUCUGUCACAGACUGAGGCAGUGAAAUUGCACACCAGAACCCAGCCAAAGCCUAAGGGAUUUGGGUGAUGUCUUUUCAGUCUUCUGGCUGUCCUGGUGACUUGUAAAAGAAAGGAGGACAUCUCUUCCUAUUCCCUGCACACAAAGAGCCCAAGGCGCAGAGCCAGUGCAAAGCUGAAGGAAAGACUGACAGUGACCUCUUCUGGAGAAACACUGACGUGAACCCACAUGGUCACAAAGAUGAAAGUCUCCUACAGACAGGCCUUCCCUUCCCUGAUCAGAGGGCCAGGCUUGAAGGGUAGUGCCUAAGGAGCUGUGCUUGGGCCUGACUGCAGGAAGCACAGCUCCGUUCCCACAGACCCAGUGAGCACAGUGCAUGAUGGCAUCAGGAGACGCCUUCAGAGAUUCUGGUUCUGCUGACAUGCUCGGGGCCCAGGGACUGUCACCUAGAGCUAUUCACCCUCAGGCUGCUGGCUGGCAAUGAGGAGGAAGCUCUGCCUCAACCUGAAAGGGGUAGUUUGCACUGGCAGCUACAGGGCCAGGAUUGAGAUGCCCUGGAUGGGGGCAUCUAAUAUAUUUAUCUGAGGGGAGCUGAGCAGGAAGAAGAGAUUGGUGGGAGAGGAAGGGGGAGAAGCCCUUUCCACUGGUGUUGCCUUCCAUGGCUCUUCGUCCAUCUCCCAAAGUGUGAGGGCCAUGGCAGUAUCCUCAGCUCCACAGCAUGGGAAGGAGGCUUCAUUUAGGGCUCAGGUGGCCUGGGAGCAGUGUGGCUAGUAAUCUAGCCUUCAGUCAUGCCUCCACUCCCCUGGGGGGAAGGGAACCAGAGACACAGAGCUUGUCCAGGAGGGUCAGCAGUAGGGCUGGGAACUGAAAGCAGGAGACUGGGUUCCCAAGCUCUGGCUCAGAUCACUGGACCCCGCUGCCCAGGAGGAGUCCUGUUCACCCUUUCUCCCAAAGCUCACUGCAGAGGACGAGCUCCAACCAUGGUGUGGGAAGCCCAAAUUAGGCUGUGGCUGCUGGGCUGCAGGUGCCAGGUGGCUCAGGAGAAGUGGGUAUCUGGGUGAAAACCUUUCUACCCCAUCUCCUGGCAGCAGCCCAGUCUGGUCAGGUCUGGGACCUGAGUGAGGAGGCAGCAUCCCGUGUGACCUGCAGCAAGGUGGGGAAGUGGCUGACAGCUUCACCUGUUGGUUGGAGCAAAGAGAUUGGGAACCAGGUGCACUGGGCUCUCUCUGUUGCCAGCUCUGAACAUGCUUGGCUAAGUCACAUCCCCUCUCACCUCAGUUUCCCUUCUAAUAACAUUCAGCUGCACUCAGCCUCCGCAGCUCUCAAAGCAGCUCAGGAUGGCCUCCCUUCUACCUCAGACAGGAACAGUGAGGCAAGGUGGCAGGGAGUAAAUGACUUUGCCUUGGUUGCAUGGCAGUUCUGCUGCAGACCCUGGGAACUGCAGCCAGGUCUCCGGACACCAGGCUGCCAAGCACUGGGAAAGCCUUGGAGCAGUAGCAUGUAGAGGAGCCCAAGGUGUUCCACAAUCUCUCCUCAGCCCCAUGAUCCCCACCAGGCCAGCUGCACCCCCCCCCCCCCCCAUGCUCCCCACUCAUUGAGGUGUGCUGUAGCAGCAGAGCACCAAGGAGCUCUGGGUGGCCUGAGAGCCUAUGCUGGUGCAGAUGCAGGCAUUUCUACCUCUCCUCCCAGACACACACUGUUAGCACUGUGGCUAACAUCCAGGUGGGUCCUGAUACAUUAGCCACAGGUCAUGGCAACCAGCAGAGAACACCCAGACUAUCUGUCUGUCUGUCCUUCCCCCAGGCCCUCUACUUCAACUGGAGAUGAGUGUGCACCACAAGCUCCUGUCCCUUUAAAUGUUGAUUACCCCUGUGCCUUUAAAAUGGGGCAUGGGGGCCAAGACCUCUCACCCCACUGGACAAGGUCAGAGAGGAAGGGGUGGGGGCUGCAAUUGCUGUUGCUCAAGGGAUUUCCUUGGUAUUUUAAAGUUGCUUCCCCUUGCUGAGAGCUUGUCUUGCUCUGCCCCCACCCCAGGCCAGUGAAGUUUUUAUGCUGCAGUCAGAGGAGCACCUAGCACUAGGUUCCUAGGGGCUGAGUUUUAAUCCUGAAGGGUUUCCUUUAGUGCUAGUGAGGAGCAGAGAGCUACAUUGCCUGAUUCCUUUGACCAGCAAGUGGCUGCAGGGACCAGCAUGAGAACAGCUGAGUGAAAGCAGAGGAAGGACCCUGGGAGUCAGCCAGUGCUAGGGAGAAAGCUUCUACCUUCCUGUGGAGGAGAAGGAGGAUGUUUCUAGCUGUUUGGGGGAUCUCCUAACAACUGCCCCCAAAGCCUCCCUGCUGCCACAGUCCUAGCACCCCAUCCUGCUCCCCAGCUCUGAGUGCAAUGGGCUCUCUCUGCUCCCUCUGGGGUUUGUUGCUCUUUGCUGUGCUGUUUUCCUUGGAGCUGAGCUGGGGUGAGGAGGAGAAGGAGCUGGGUGCCCUGGCUGGGACACCUCCCAUGCCCCUCAUCCAGGAGUUGAUGGAGCAGGCUCCCACCGCCUGGCCCCAGGGUCGCCUGAAGAAAAUGACUGGUGGGCAGCCAUUGCGCUACAUGCUCAACCUGUACCGGAGCUUUGCUGACCACAAUGGGCGACCCCGCCAGGACUAUCGACUGGACACCAAUGCUGUGCGCCUGGUCAGGCCCUCGGGCAAGAGGAAGCAGUCUGGAGCAAGCCCCUGGCGCACACAGACCCUUGACUACCACCUGAAAGUCCAUCCUGAGGUGGAGCACCUGGUAAAAGUUGCUGUAGUUUACUCAGAGACUCUGUCAACAGCUCAUGCUCAGGUUCUGUGCACAGUUGAGCUGUCUAGAAAAGAUGGCGAUCCAAAGCUCCCUCUCAACCCUGUCUUACCUCAGAGAGACACGAGGAACAACACCAUCCUCCCUAGGAAGAACGGCUGGGUAGAAAUGGACAUCACCUCUCACCUUCAGCCAUGGGCCUGGGACACCAAGAAAAGCCAGUUACUCAGCCUCAGUCACAUGUGCACCAGGCUGGGAUUGGAAGGAGGCUGGGAUGGGACUGUUUCCCUGAAUGACCCCUUCCUUUUGCUCUACUUGAAUGACACCCGGAAAGGCCUCCAGGCCAAACUAGGGAAAGCUUCCUCGGAAGAGACUCCAUCUGGGACUGUGCGGACUCGCAAGGUGCGCCAGGCAGGCAACAUUGUCCUGGAUCUGCCCAGCUACCUCCAGAAGAACAGUAAUGAGAAAGAUGAGUGUUCUUUGCACUCCUUCCGUGUCAGUUUUGCUCAGCUGGGCUGGGACCACUGGAUUAUCGCCCCCCACCGCUACAACCCCAAGUACUGCAAGGGCAACUGCCCCCGAAUCCUACGCUAUGGCUACAACUCGCCAAAUCAUGCCAUUGUACAGAACUUCAUUAAUGAGCUGGUGGACCAGAGUGUGCCCCGGCCUUCCUGUGUGCCCUAUAAAUACAGCCCCAUCAGCGUCCUGAUGAUUGAGCAGAACGGCAGCAUCCUCUACAAAGAGUAUGAAGACAUGAUAGCAGAGUCCUGUACCUGCAGAUAGUUAAUGGUUCAGCUAUUGAGGGCUCUAUGUCUACUGACAGUAACAUAUUACCUGAAGCUUUGAUCCUCUCUUGGGGGAGGGGGCCAACCAGACCUGGUGCCUCCAACUUCACCCUCUCUUGUGAGCCAAUUGCCCAGCUUUCUGAGCAUGUUUAUUCUGCAUGCCUCUAAACAGGCUAUCUUCUUUGCAUUUUUUUCUGACAGCCACAUCAAAUGGAAUCCAAGUUUUUGUUUUUGUUUUCUUUUUUUAAGGAAGUUGGUCCAUCUUCUCUCUCUUGAUCCUUUUCCCCUCCAUCUUCCAUUGCACAACGGACACUGACUGGGGAUGUUUUACAAGUGGAUUUUUAUGCAAAUAGCAGGUUUUUAAAGAAAAGAGCAUGCUGAGCCCUGAGCUGAGGGACUGUGACUUUUUUUUUCUUUUGUUUUUUGGGGUACUCUCCUCCCUGCUGGCAAUGUGGGGAGCUUUAUGGGAACUGACUGGAAGCACAAGUUCCAGUGGCUCUGCUUUUGGAGGGGAGAUGGACUGGCAUGUGGAGAGGAUGCUGUUUGUCAGCUGGGCUUCUGUCUGAUGCUCUUUACACUUCCAUUUCUUAAGUAGGAUGGGCCUGUCUGCUACAGGAAAAGCUGGGUUCUUUGUGACUGCCAGAUAAGAAUUAAGGAGCACCCUUUCAUACCCAGGGAAAUCUAACUGAUAGCAAUGUACUACUCUUUCUUUUGUUUGGCAUUAUCUAGAAUGGUGAUGGGUGAAAUGCCAGGAGCCCAGGCCUCUAUCACAGGAGAUCUUGGAAUGAAGAGGCAAGCUCCUUCUGCAGGAAAAUGGCACCCAAAUGAGCAAGGAGUCAUGCAAACUGGCUCUAGUGCUCCGAGGUUCCCUCAUGUGUACCUUUCCCCAGCAAUUGCACGUUCUGCUUGGGCCUUUUGGUAUAUGAAGGGCUUCCCUAUGACUUGAGUUUCAGCAGGUACUGUCCUGUGUUGCUGUCUGUAUUUUUCUAGUUCAUACUCCGGUUUUCCCCUAGCUCUGGCAUGAUCUGCCAACCCCAGUAGAUCACAUGUACUUCUGAACUGUCCAAAUAAAUAACCAUGUAGUCUGCAUCAGUGACUUGUUGGGCUGUGUGAGCAAGGGGCUGGCAGAAGAGAUCUGGAGGUAGGAUGGGAGCUCAGGAUCAGGAAGGUUCCCAUUUCAAAGCCCUGUGAUCUCUGGGCUGAAGUUCUUAAGUCUGUGUCUAGGAAACAAAGAACACAUUGCAGGGGGUGCUCUGAACUUCUUUCUUUAAGCAAUAGAGUCAAGACAAGAACUCCAAGUGCUAGGGACUGGCUGUGAAGGGGCCUCCAAACUUGGGCUGAUGUCAGUCUGCUGGGGUAGUUGGGGAAUGACCCAUCCCUAACGGCGUAUGGGUUGUUCUUUGGGUACACCAUGAAAACAGAAAACAGUCACUCCCCAAACCUGCUUGGGUGAUUUAUUUUUAGUCUUUUUCAACCUAGAUUUUCCACCCUCCCCCCCCCCCCGGGCUUGUCGCACUUUAGUAGCAGGACCUGGGGACAUGUUCCGUGAGAGCCCUCCUCUGUCUUCUGCUGCACCAACUUACCUGCUUCCUGCUACACUGAACUUGUGUUUGCUUCUCUGCCUAAAGUGGUGAUUUUCUCUUUUUCUUUUUUUUUUUUUUUUUUCUUCCUUUUUCUUUUCCCUUGCUCGGCCUGUAUUGUUGUGUGCUGUAACUACAUGAAUUGGUUACGACCUGAAUAUUUUCUAUUUAUUAUAUUCUGUAUUUAAGUGUAUUGUGUAAAUAAACUGGUUUGUUUUGCUAAAGAAAA